AUGACUAGCUGCACAAACUUCAUAGCUGGCAGCAGCUACUGUGUCAAGCCCGUCAAGGAUAUGGACAACUACCCCGGUGCUCCAGGCUACAUGCCUCCUGUCUCCAAGAUCCCCUGGGACAAGCUUCCCGACGCAACCUACACGCCCAUUCACAACCCUGCCCCGCUCCCAAUCGCUCCAAAUACCGUGAAGAAUUGCAAUACUCUCGUCGAUGGGAACAACCUCCAAUACAAUUAUACGGGUGUCAGCAACUGCCAAGUGGCCGCUUCCUUCUGGGAAGUCUCCCAAGCAGACUUGCUCAGGUGGAACCCGUCUUUGAGUAAGCAGAAAUCGAAGUCUAGCGGUUGCAGUUUCAGCAAGAAGUAUAGGUAUUGUAUGGCCGGAACCAAGGGGAACGCAUCCUCUUCGGGGGCUGUGCCUAGUACUCCAGCGCCUUCGACGCCGCUUACGACUUCAACCUCGACUUCAACUUCUUCGUCGACAUCUAGCCCGGCCCCGACCAGCACAUCGACCUCUCAGGUCUCCACCACCACCGAUAAAGAUACAAGUACGGAUACCAGCAGCGAGCCCACAAGUACAACGGCAACUGCCAGUGCCAGUGCCACAUCAACAAGUGGAUCCGCCCCAUCCCCCACCCAGACGAACAGUAUUGCAGACAACUGCAACGACUAUGCCAAGGCAAAGGACGGCGAUAACUGCAUUGACUUCGCUAAGGAUCACAAAAUUACCCCCAAGCAACUGUAUCAGUGGAACACAGUUCUGGGUGAUGAUGGCAAGGAGUGUGGGACUAUGUUCCAGAGAAAUACAUACUACUGUAUCGGUGUGAAGGAGUAG